AUGCUCUAUGAUAUGGCGGAGAUUGUCGUUCUACGGGGUUGCUCCGCAUCAUUUGUACUUCCAUAUGUAUCUCCCCGCGGAUGUGAGAUUAAUGCUAUCACGGCAGAGACCAUCAAGGACUGUGAUGGAUUGGAUGGUGUGUUGAAUGGGUAUAUCUCAUUGCCUGGCGCAUGCGAGUUUGACUCACAUGUUCUUGUUGGACAGAGCUAUGACUGCGGUGGUUCUACUGAGACUUUCACCAAUGCUGCUGCAGAUGUCGUCCACGCAACUUGGUCAGGCCCUCGGAGUUCAACUGGAAAAUGGCAGUGGUAUGGGUUUGCGAAGGACUCCCCAUUGGGCGGUUCUGGUAUGGAAGCCGCGAGUACGCUUUAUGGCAGUGACAGUGACAGUGACGGUGAUGCCCCCUAUCGAGGCGUCCUAUUCCCCAUCUGGACGUCCUAG